AUGGAGAGAAAGAGCAAAGGCCGCCAAAAGAUUACCAUGACCAAAAUGGAGAACGAGAACAACCUCCAAGUCACCUUUUCAAAACGGCGAUCCGGUCUCUUCAAGAAAGCCAGCGAGCUUUCAGUCCUGUGUGGUGCCGAGGUGGGAAUCAUUGUAUUCUCUCUUGGCAAAAAGGCCUACUCUUUUGGCCACCCCACUGUGGAUAUGAUCAUCGACAGGUUUCUGUCCCGGGAUGCUCCUUUGAACAGUGGGACCCACCAGCUAGUGGAGGCCCACAGGAGCGCCCGUGUCCGGGAUCUUAACCUGCACUUGACUCAUGUCCAGGCCCUUCUGGACGUGGAGAAGCAGCGCGGCACAGCCCUAGAUCAGCUCAAGAUGGCCGAGGGUCAGGGCGAACAUCGCUGGUGGGAGGGUCCGGUUGAGGAGAUGAAUCUGCCACAGCUUCAUCGUUUAAGGCUGCUAUGA